CGCCCGCAGUUCCGCCCGAGUGCGCCUGCGCGGGAGCUCCAGCGCAGAAGGUGCGUACGGGGCUGGGUCCCGGAGUAGGAGACAUCAAAUGCAGGUGUUGGGAACACAUCAUUGAACAAAACAAAGAUCCCUGGCCUCAUGGAAAGAUCCAGGCCUCAUGAGCCCUGACUGGUGCAAUAAGCAAAAAGGAGACCUGCCCACAUCCUGCCCUUUACAUUCUGUCGGGGUAACAGAAUAAACCAAGAGUGCCAGCUUUUGUUCCCCACAGUUUGGAGGCGCUGACACACCCACUUUCCCACCUGGGCUUUGAAGCCCCUGGCUGCCUGGCAAGAUGAAACCUAAAUUGAUGUACCAGGAGCUGAAGGUGCCCGCUGAGGAGCCCACCAACGAGCAGCCCAUGAAUGAGAUCGAGGCUUGGAAGGCUGCAGAGAAGAAAGCUCGCUGGGUCCUGCUGGUCCUCAUCCUGGCGGUUGUAGGCUUCGGUGCCCUGAUGACUCAGCUGUUUCUAUGGGAAUACGGCGACUUGCAUCUCUUUGGACCCAACCAGCGCCCAGCCCCCUGCUAUGAUCCCUGCGAAGCCGUGCUGGUGGAGAGCAUUCCUGAGGGCCUGGACUUCCCCAACGCCUCCACGGCCAACCCCUCCACCAGCCAAGCCUGGCUGGGCCUGCUCGCUGGUGCCCACAGCAGCCUGGACAUCGCCUCCUUCUACUGGACCCUCACCAACAAUGACACUCGCACUCAGGAGCCCUCGGCACGUCAGGGCGAGGAGGUCCUCCGGCAGCUGCAGACCCUGGCGCCUCGAGGGGUGAAGGUCCGCAUAGCCGUGAGCAAGCCCAGUGGGCCGCAGCCGCAGGCCGACCUGCAGGCCCUGCUGCAGAGCGGUGCCCAGGUCCGCAUGGUGGACAUGCAGAAGCUGACCCAUGGCGUCCUGCACACCAAGUUCUGGGUGGUGGACCAGACCCACUUCUACAUCGGCAGUGCCAACAUGGACUGGCGCUCCCUGGCCCAGGUCAAGGAGCUGGGCGUGGUCAUGUACAACUGCAGCUGUCUGGCUCGAGAUCUGACCAAGAUCUUCGAGGCCUACUGGUUCCUGGGCCAGGCAGGCAGCUCCAUCCCGACAACCUGGCCACGGCCCUACGACACGCGCUAUAAUCAGGAGACCCCCAUGGAGAUCUGCCUCAAUGGAACCCCUGCGCUGGCCUACCUGGCGAGUGCACCCCCACCACUGUGUCCAAGUGGCCGCACCCCAGACCUGAAGGCCCUGCUCAACGUGGUGGACAACGCCCGGAGUUUCAUCUACAUCGCCGUCAUGAACUACCUGCCCACCAUGGAGUUCUCCCACCCGCACCGGUUCUGGCCCGCCAUUGACGACGGGCUGCGACGGGCUGCCUACGAGCGGGGUGUCAAGGUCCGCCUGCUGGUCAGCUGCUGGGGACACUCGGAGCCAUCCAUGCGGGCCUUCCUGCUCUCCCUGGCGGCCCUGCAUGACAACCACACCCACACCGACAUCCAGGUGAAACUCUUUGUGGUGCCUGCGGACGAGGCCCAGGCCCGGAUCCCAUACGCCCGCGUCAACCACAACAAGUACAUGGUCACCGAACGUGCCACCUACAUUGGAACCUCCAACUGGUCUGGCAGCUACUUCACGGAGACGGCGGGCACCUCGCUGCUGGUGACACAGAACGGACGGGGUGGCCUGCGGAGCCAGCUGGAGGCCGUUUUCCUGAGGGACUGGGACUCCCCUUACAGCCACGACCUGGACGCCUCAGCCGACAGCGUGGGCAAUGCCUGCCGCCUGCUCUGAGGCCCAGUCCAGUGGACAGCCCAUGGCCUGCGAGGCCCCCGCCGCCCCAGGUGUCCUGGGUACCGGUCCCUGCCCUGUGCCCCCGCUUCCGUCUGCCCCGUGUGGUUCUCCAGGCUCACCCCUGCUCGCCCACCUCUACCUCCGCCCUAGGACCCAGCCGAGCUGGGGGAGGGAUCAGCCCCCGAAGGCGUGGGGGUGCAUGCUGGGCCUGACCCCUGGCCCAACCCCCUCUCCAGCGCAAAGAGGGCCCGAGAGGAUAAGUAAAUAACUUGUCUGUACAG